CACGCAGCCGCCAUUUUGACUCGGAGCUUCAUUCGGAGCCUGUUUGGAAAAAAAAAGGUGUGACCUGAGGCCGGGGUGAUGUGGGACCAGGGAGGCCAGCAGCCAUGGCCCCAGUGGCCUCUGAGCCAGCAGCAGUGGAUGCAGUCCUUCCAGCAUCAGCAGGAUCCAGGUCAAGUGGACUGGGCUGCCCUGGCGCAGGCAUGGAUAGCCCAGAAAGAAUGCACAGGAGCAGAACCACAAAGCCUACAGCCUAAUGGCCAGGACAUCCCUGGCUUGGAGCCUACUACACAGAACAGUCAUGGAAACUUCCAGAGUGAAACAUCCUUUGGUAGAGUGUGGCAACCAGAAUGGGGAAUUUCUGGCCAACCCCCACCUCCUCCACCUCCUGACCAGACCUGGAUUCCUCCAGGGUCAGGACCGAUGGAUGUGGUCAACCCCAGUGAGGACAGCAACAGCCAGGACAGUGGAGAGUUCACCUCUGAAGCCCGCCAUGGGGUUUAUCCCCAAAACAGCCAUGGGUAUGGGGCACAGCCCGACAGCUACGCCAUGGCCCCCUUGGCCAUGAACCAGUUUGAUUAUCAGCAUGGUGCUGCAUCAGCUUUUGGCCCAACAUCUGCAGGCUUUCCUUCCACUUAUUGGCAGGGACCUUUACAGAAUAGGCGGGAAAGCCGACCACCUGGGUUUAGAGACAGACCCCGCUCCCCUAUCCAACUUCCUGUCAAACAGGAAGCCCCAGCAACACUAGAUGCUAUAAAAAGACGAACGCUGCCGGCAUGGAUCCGAGAGGGCCUUGAAAAAAUGGACAGAGACAAACAGAAGAAACUGGAGCAAGAGCGAAUGGAGAAAGAACUUGAGGAAAUGGUAAACGAUGAAGACGAAGCUCAUGAUGCGGGUCAGCAAGUCGACGGGCCACGUGUUCCUCGCAAAAGCAAAUUUGACAGUGACGAUGAAGGGGACGAAGAUGACGUUGACGAUGAUGCUGAUGACAAUGAAAAGAUCUCCAAUAAACAGGAGUUUUCCAUCCAGAGCCCUUCGCCUCCUGCAGAGGACAGUGAAUCUGAAAUGACUGAGGAGGAAAAAGAGUACCAGCUGAUGAUCAUGACAAAAAUGUUGCUGACAGAAAUUCUCCUUGAGGUCACUAAUGAAGAAAUCCUGCACGUCGCUAAAGAAACUCAUCGGAAAGCCACCAGAGCUCCUGCAAAACAGCUGGCACAGUCAAGUGCACUGGCUUCUCUGACUGGUCUCAGCGGGCUUGGGGACUAUGGUUCAGACGAGAGCGAGGACGACCGCAGUGUCCGAGGGUCCGAAUCUUCCGACACGGACGAGGAGGAGUUGCGCCAUCGUAUCCGGGAGAAGCAAGACGCCUUCCGUCGCAAAGAGCGGGAAAUGCAGCAGUUACAAGAAAAGCAAGCGCAAGAGGCUUUGCUUGCACGAGAAGAAAUGUUGAAGGAGAAAGUGAGCAGAGAAAAGGGGGCUUAUGAUGAGGGCCAGUCAGAUAUCCCACAGAAACAAGAUGUGAAAGAGGGGGAGGCAGAGCCCAUGGCAGAGAGGCGUAAGUCCCGUAGCGAGAGGGAAAGCAGUGAGGGCAGGCAGUCCGUUAGGGCGAAGGAGCGAUCAGGGCGAGGCAGCAGCGAUUCCCCAGCCAAUGGUCACAGCAGCAGCUCCCGCUCCUCCUCCAGUCACAGCAGCAGCCCUUCAUCUUCCUCCUCCUCUUCCUCCACCGCAUCUUCCCGCAGUUCCUCCCCAUCCUCCUCACCGCGCCGUAAAAGACGGCGCAGCCACUCUUCCUCCCGCAAGGCUCAGCGGCGCAGUCGCAGCCACAGCUCCCACAGGCGCCGCAGUGACAAAGGCAGGGACAGGAGGAGGAGCAGCAACGAGCGCUCAGGCCACCACAGAAAUGACCGCAGCGCUUCCAGGGAGCGCAGGAGCUGCAGGAGCAGGUCCAGAGACAGGGGCAGGGCACGAGCCAGGGACAGCCACAGUCGGAGCAGAGAGAAGGGGAAAGAUCGGGAUAAAGAGAGGAAAAGGAGCAGAGAGCGCAGGGAGAGCAGUCACAGCAGCAAACACAAACUGAAAGCCACCAGCAGGGACAGGGAGAGGAGGAGGGAACGGAGCCGCAGUCACGACAAAGAUCGGAGAAAGAGAGACAGGGAAAAGGAAUCGGACAAAAGGAAAGAAAAGCCGAAGGUCAAAGAGAGAGAAAGGGAGAGGGAAAAAGGCAGCGCUGUAGUUAAAGAGGAGAACGGCAAAUCCAGGAAGAGGAGAGAGACCGACUCUUACACGGACUCCCAGAGUGACAGGUAUUCCCGGCAGGACAGCAAAACCAGCAAGAAGGGCUCUGCCAAAGCUAGCAAGAGGUGCUCAGACUCUGACUCCAGUAGGUCCCCUACCCCCGAGGUUAGCAAGGAAAAGAAAUCUAAGAAAUCCAAACGUAGUCGUUCAAGGUCGACGGAAAAACCUCACAAGUCUGGUAAGAAGGCAAGCCGCAAACACAAGUCUAAGUCACGAUCAAGGUCGGCGUCACCCUCCCGUCGCAGCAGGCGCUGAGGAGCACAGUUGGCCUCUGGAUCUGUGCACGCCCAACAAUUUCAAAUUCCAUGAGUUGAGCAGGCUUGUCUCAUUAUAGAGGCAGUGGUAUAGGUGACUCCCCCCCCCUCCGUACACUUCUCUCGCCUUUUGUAAAUAUAUCUGCUUUUUAAAGUGUGACUGAAGAACAAGACAUUUGGAAUGGUAGGACUUUCUACUUGUAUUGUUACACGACCUUCAAAUCUUGGUGGACACUUAAAAA